CCCAAGAGAAAGAGGUAAAAGGGGAGAAAGAAGAAGAAGAAGAAGAAGAAGAUGAAAGGUGGAAACGGCGUCGUUGUGGUGGUGGUUUUGGUGGGGCUGUUGUGUUUGGCUGGGGCAGAAGAAGAGAACCUGAAGGAGGAGUGCAGCAAUGACUUCCAGCAGGUGGUGAGCUGCUUCGAAUUCGCGACGGGGAAGGCGGCGGCGCCGAGCAAGGAAUGCUGUGACUCGAUAGAGGGCAUAAAAGAGAGGAAGCCGAAGUGCCUGUGUUUCUUCAUACAGCAGACGCAUAACGGGAACCAGCAGAUAAAGAGUAUGGGCAUUCUAGAGACCAAGCUUCUUCAGCUCCCUUCUGUCUGUCAGUUGAAGAACUCCAGCGUCAGCUAUUGCCCUAAGCUUCUGGGUUUGCCAGCAAAUUCGCCCGACGCUGCUAUUUUUAGCAAUAUUACGACACCAGCAACACCGGCGGCGACGACGACGAGGACGAGUCCCGGCGGAAGUUCCGGAACUAGGAUGGUAGCCAAUUCUCCCGCCGGUCUACUAGCGGUGGCCGUGGCGGUCAUUUUUUUCACAGCAUUCCUUCCGCCGAUCACCACGUAUGAAGGAUAAAACUAUAUUGUUACGGUGGCGGUUGUGAUGGGAUAAAGUGGAGUGUUUGAGUGUUGUUUUUAUUUGGUUUUUGGUUUUGUUUUGUUGAUAUUUGAGGACAAAAUGUUUAGAUUUUAAGUCUGUUUCGUUUUGUUUCAUUUAUUUUCUGAAGAAUUAAGAUGAGAAACUCUUACAGGAAAUCCAUCUCUUCUCACCACCGACCAA